AUGCGCACCAAGAGUGACUUAAAGACGCGUUUCGAAAUGACCGACAGUGGGAAGUGCGCAUUCGUGUUGGGCAUCGAGCUGGUGGACAACGACAACGGUAGCGUGAUGAUGUGCCAGCGACGCUACGUGGAAGAUGUUCUCAAGCGUUUUGGCAUAAGCGACUGCAAAGCCGUCACCAGCCCAACAGGCAUCAGUUCUAGACUCAUACCAAGUACCGCAGCAACUAAAAUCGACGCCCCGUUUCGUGAAGCAGUAGGCGCUCUGAUGCACUUGAUGACCGCGACACGACCGGACAUUGCCUUUGCGGUGAGUUACGUUUCGCGCUUCAUGGAGAACCCCCAAGUCGAGCAUUGGAUGGCGGUCAAGCGCAUUUUGCGAUACUUACAAGGGACUAAGUCGCACGGUAUCUGUUUCAAGCCUGAUGACAAGAUAGACUUCUGUGGCUACUCGGAUGCAGACUGGGCCGGCGACCAUGCAGACCGCAAGUCGACUUCAGGAUAUGCGUUUAUCCUGAUGGGUGCUCCGGUGAGCUGGGGAAGCAAAAAGCAGUCAAGUGUGUCGCUGUCAACAAGUGAAGCUGAGUACAUUGCACAAACAGAGGACAAGUCUGGACCCGAGCUCAAGAUCAUGGAAGACAACCAGUCGUGCAUCAAGAUGACGAAGAAUCCGUGUGAACCAUGGUCGGGCCAAGCACAUCGACAUCAAGUACCACCACAUUCGUGA